AUGGGGGCGCGUCAGUCUGAAGAUCGUGGUGCUUACCUAGCGGCGAAGAGUGAGGUUAAGAAGGUAGUCUUCAAGGCGAUGUCGGACCGCUACAAGGCUGGGUUCAACAUGCUUGAUACCAGAGGAGGAGAGCGCACAGUACAUCGUUUAAUCAGAGCGCGUCACCUCUCGACGUUGGAUAUGGAGCACACCAAGAUCGUUAAGGCAGCUGAUGGAGCCGUUCUGCGACACUCUGCUCAGAUCCUGGAGAAAUGGCGAGAGUACUGUAAUCAAUAA